AUGACACAAUCAUCUCCCGUGGCACCGAGCGAGCUCCCGUCCCCCACCUUUGGUCGUCCAGCUGAGGUGGGCAGCCUGGCGGGGGAGAAGCUACCCGAACGGGCACCUGCCCAAGGUGUUUGCCCUAUCAUGCCUCACCUGUUAGACAACCAUCUCACCCUCAAAGGAAGCUCUCACCAGCCUUGUUCUUGUGACUUCCUGACUCCGACAAGCCGCCGCUUGACUGCCUGUUCUCGUGACUCUUUUGAACUUGACAUUUCCAAGCAUCCCUCAGGCACAGCGACACCGCCCGGACCCCUCCGCUUUGUCCGGAGACGAUACGGAACUGCGACCUGCCUGUUCCGUCAUACUGAACCUAAGCCCUCUACGCUUUUGAGUCAUUUCGACCUAAAUCGCGACCUGCUUUCGGUUUAUUCUCCUACAUACCCAAAUACUUGGAACACACCUAAGGGCUACAACACUGCCUGCAUUUCCCCAUACGAGCGCCAAAAAGCGCGCGUCCGCCACAGCUUGUCCACCAUGGCAGCAAUCCAAUAUGCGCCCUUCUCCUCCGAGAUCGAAUUGCCGUUUUACGCAGCCCUCUUCUCCUCAAAGCUCGAACAUGACAAGCUAGACGACUCAGCGCGCCGCGUGCUUGGCCAGUACACUGCCCUGCCUGUCGAGCCAGGCCAGAGCUGCAAGAUGUCCAUUCUUGGGAAUGCCCUCACUAGCGACCAGCCCAACGAUGAGCAUGUCCGCGCCGAGGGCUUCAUCAAAAACGUCAAUACGAUCGAGGACUUCAAGAAUACGGACAAACAAGCCAUGCUGAAAAUGGCAGCGAGACAUGUAUGGGACGCCAUAAACGACGGCACCAUCUACUCCGUACCCUCCCUCCUCUCCUCCUUUACGAUCCUCUCAUACGCCGACUUGAAGAAAUACAAGUUCACAUACUGGUUCGCGUUCCCAGCGCUGCACUCAGACCCUCAGUGGAAGCGUACAGGACCGAUCGGCCGCCUUGACCCUAAGGAGAGCACGGCACUGGUCGAUCGAGUGGGCACAUGGCAAGCCAACCGCGACAAGAGGCAGAACGGAUUCUUCCUCGCCAAGAAGGCGAGAGGUGUGGAUGUCAGCGAUUUGGAUAAGGAUGCGAAUAGCGACCUCCACGACCUCAACGAUACGUUUGGCUAUGUGUGGGAAGUUGCCAACCUCGGAGAGUUCGAGAAUGGCUUCUUCGACGACGUUGCCGAGGAGGACCGAUAUGUUUCAUUUGUCGACCCUUCGACGUACCCCGAAAACCCUUCAUGGCCACUGCGAAACCUUCUCUGGCUUGUUCGGCAGCGGUUCCGGCAGACCAAGGUCCAGAUCUUGUGUUACCGCGAUAUCAGAUCUAGCAGGCAUGCGGCUAGAAGCAUUAUUCUGCCGUUGGAGAUGGAUCCAGUUGAGCCACUUGCGGUGGCUGAAAUGCCCAAGGUCACAGGCUGGGAGCGAGACGGAGAGGGCAAGCUACGAGCUAGGAUCGCCAACCUCGGGGAGUACAUGGACCCAACGCGACUGGCCGAUCAGUCCGUGGACCUGAACCUCAAACUCAUGAAAUGGAGGAUUUCACCAAACCUGGACCUGGAUACUAUCAAAUCCACCAAAUGUCUAUUGUUAGGUGCCGGCACGUUAGGAAGCUACGUUUCCAGAAACCUCAUGGGCUGGGGUGUACGGAAGAUUACAUUUGUGGACUAUGGACGCGUAUCGUAUUCGAAUCCCGUGCGGCAGCCUUUGUUCGAAUUCGAGGACUGCUUGGAAGGCGGAAAGUUCAAGGCGACGCGGGCGGCAGAUGCCCUCAAGAGGAUCUAUCCCGGUGUUGAGAGCGAGGGUCACGUUUUAUCGGUUCCCAUGUUGGGCCACCCGUUCACGGACGAGGCUAGGAGUAAAGCGGACUACGACAAGCUGAAGCAGCUGAUAGACGAGCACGACGCAAUCUUCCUUCUGAUGGACAGCCGAGAGUCGAGAUGGCUCCCAAGUGUUCUGGGCAAAGCAAAUGGCAAGAUUGUGCUCAAUGCAGCGCUGGGCUUCGACUCUUUCGUCGUGAUGCGGCACGGCGCUGAACCAACCGAUGUUCAGCCAGAGGACAAGGAGCGCAAGACACUGGGUUGCUACUUCUGCAACGACGUAGUCACACCAGCCGACUCGCAAAAAGAUCAGACCCUGGACCAACAAUGUACAGUAACCAGACCCGGUGUCGCGGCGAUCGCGUCAGCGCUGCUCGUUGAACUGUUCGCGAGUCUGCUUCAGCAUCCCCUCAAGCAACACGCACCGGCGCCCCAGACGUCGGCAGACGAGAAGGACCCCGUGGAUCAUGCCCUUGGACUUGUGCCUCAUACCGUCCGCGGCUACCUGCAUAACUUCAACAACAAGGUCAUUCGCGGAGAGUCGUACCCUUGCUGUAGUGCGUGUGGCCCACCGAUUUUAGAGGCUUACCGAAACGACGGCUGGGGGUUCGUCAAGAAGGCGCUUUUGGAGAAGGACUUUGUCGCCGAGUUAUCUGGGCUCGCAGAGGUUCAGCGGGAGGCCGAGAGGCGAGCGGCAUCUAUGGAUUGGGAAGAGGAGGAAGAUGGAGCGGAUGACGGGGAUGGAGAUCCACCCAUCCCACGGAACCUGCGGAUAAGCAUUGCGCAAACUUCGGGCCUUGAUGCGAGAGGUGUGCAGAUGACAGGGUUCCCCACACUAGCUGAUCCUCUGCUUCCCGCCCGUGACCGAGAAUGCAACCGUUCAAUGACCCCCGAAUCCUCAAAGUACCUGCAACCUCCCCCGGCUGUUUUUCCACAACAGCCGCAGCUUCCCCCUGACGGCACGCCCAGGGUCCCGAAGGCGCUAUGGGCUACCUGA